AUGACUAUAACAACUUGUCAGAAGGUCACUCUCAUAUCAUGUUCUGUUCUCUGCGUUUCCCUCUUCCUGCCCCGGAUGCUUUUACCAAAGGAGAAGAAGGAGAAGGGCAUGCUUGGGGUUGGACCUGGGUACUACCGUCCCAUGAUGCACCAGCUGCCUUCAUCGGGGGAUCCAGAACAGUGGGACGUAAACCCUUCUCCUUCCCUGACCCACACUGUAGAAGCCAUGGCAAAAGUGAAAAGUGGUGGAAGAGGCAAAAAACAUAAUCUGAUGGCUCAGGUGAUCCCUGUGUACGGCUUUGGGAUCCUGCUAUACAUCCUCUACAUUAUGUACAAGCUUACAUGCAACAAGAAGACAAAUCGAUCAGGAGAAUUCACUACAAAUGCAAACGUGUCAAAUAAGAAAAUAACAGAUUAUGAGCUUGCGCAGCUUCAAGAGAGACUUGUGCAAACAGAGAGGAAGCUGGAUAGAAUUGUCUCCGGGAAGAGCCAUUUUUCUUCAAGUAGCAGGAGGCGGAGGAGUAAAACCUCCAUAUCAAAGAAGGAGGAGAAGCUGCUGCGGCAGCUUCGACAGAUCACGCUGCUGAUGCAGGAGGGCCGUCUGGACGGAGCGUCUCCUGAGAUGGAGGCGGAGGAGAUGGCCUAUGGAGCCGACUGGGAAGGCUACCCAGAGGAGACCUACCCUAAAAAUGAGAAUCCAUGCCGCCGACAUAGAGUCAACAUGGCCACGCUAAACGAACCUCCCUGCCAGCAAACUCCAGAGGCUCUGGCAGAGCGGAUGGAGCAAGUGGAGGAAGAAAUGACAGAAAUUGAGAACGUAGAAGAAGGAAUUGAUGAGAAUGUGGAGGAGGAAGAAGAAGAGGAAAAAAAGCACUUGCUCCCCUCCCCUCAGCGCACUGAUGAAACGAGACAGGAGAGACUUGGUUUGGAAGUAAGCAAAGAGCUGCAGAGUUACCGUGAAGGAAAAAAGCAAAUAACCUUCAGCGACCAAAAACGAGUCUUCCACUACCCCAAACAGGACACCGAGGAGGAAGAGGAAGAAAAAGAAGAAGACGUGGAGGAAGAAGAUGAGGAAACAGAGAUGGAGGACGAGGAGGAAGCUGAAGAUGAUGAUCCGCUGAUGGAAGCAGAAAACCUGCUUUUCAGUUGUGAGGAGUAUUCCAACCCAGACGAAGAGGCAGAGGAGGACAUUGAAGAGUAUCUGCUGAGCCCGGAGGAGGAGGAGGAGGAAGCUGAAAUCCACACGGAAAUACCCAAGGAGGUCGGGGUGAGCGGACUGAGGAUGAGGAACAGGAGAGAUACGUGA